GUUCCCCGGUCCCCGCAGCCGCCGGGAGCCCGGGAGCCGCCGCCAUGGCCCGGGCCCGCCCAGCCGCGCGCCGCUCGCACAGCCCGGACCCCGCCGCGCAGCCCUCGCCUCCCCGCAGCCGCGCCCGCGCCCUGACGCUGCUCGGAGCCCUGGUGGCCACAGUGGCCGCCGCCGCCGCUGCCCGGGCCUGCGCGCUCCUCGCCGAUGCCAAGGCGGCCGCGCGGCAGGAAUCGGCAUUGAAGGUUCUGGGUACGGAUGGUCUCUUUCUCUUUUCCUCGCUGGACACUGACCAGGAUAUGUACAUCAGCCCAGAGGAAUUCAAACCCAUUGCAGAGAAACUCACAGGGUCAGUUCCUGUGGCCAGCUACGAGGAGGAGGAGCUGCACCAUGACCCCAGUGAGGAGACUCUUACCAUCGAAGCCCGAUUCCAGCCUCUGCUCACAGAGACCAUGAGCAAGAGCAAAGAUGGCUUCCUAGGGGUGUCUCGCCUGGCUCUGGCAGGCCUCCGCAACUGGACGACUGCAGCCUCACCAACUGCAGUGUUUGCUGCCCGCCACUUCCGGCCCUUCCUGCCCCCUCCAGGUCAGGAGCUGGGCCAGCCCUGGUGGAUUAUCCCUGGAGAGCUGAGUGUCUUCACGGGCUAUCUGUCCAACAACCGCUUCUACCCGCCGCCGCCCAAGGACAAGGAGGUCAUCAUCCAUCGUCUACUAAGCAUGUUUCACCCACGCCCCUUCGUGAAGACUCGCUUUGCCCCUCAGGGCACCGUGGCCUGCCUAACUGCCAUCAGUGACUCCUACUAUACUGUGAUGUUCCGGAUCCACGCCGAGUUCCAGCUCAGUGAGCCUCCUGAUUUCCCCUUCUGGUUCUCACCGGGCCAGUUCACUGGCCAUAUCGUCCUGUCCAAAGAUGCUACACACAUUCGUGACUUCCGGCUCUUCGUGCCCAAUCACAGGUCCCUGAAUGUUGACAUGGAGUGGCUGUAUGGGGCCAGUGAGACCAGCAACAUGGAGGUGGACAUUGGCUACAUACCCCAGAUGGAGCUGGAAGCCAUGGGCCCCUCAGUGCCCUCUGUGAUCCUGGAUGAGGAUGGCAACAUGAUUGACAGCCGCCUGCCCUCGGGAGAACCUCUCCAGUUUGUAUUUGAAGAGAUCAAGUGGCACCAGGAGCUGAGCUGGGAGGAAGCUGCCAGGCGCCUAGAGGUGGCCAUGUACCCCUUCAAGAAGGUCAACUACCUGCCAUUCACGGAGGCCUUUGACAGGGCCAAGGCUGAGAACAAACUUGUGCAUUCCAUCUUGCUGUGGGGAGCCCUGGAUGACCAGUCCUGCUGAGGUUCGGGGCGGACUCUCCGGGAGACUGUCCUGGAAAGCCCGCCCAUCCUCUCGCUCCUCAAUGAGAGCUUCAUCAGUACCUGGUCCCUGGUAAAGGAACUGGAAGACUUGCAGAUCCAGCAGGAGAACCCAUUCCACAGAAAGCUGGCAGGCUUGCAUCUGGAGAAGUACAGCUUCCCUGUGGAGAUGAUGAUCUGCCUGCCCAACGGCACUGUGGUCCACCACAUCAACGCCAACUACUUCCUGGAUAUCACCUCCAUGAAGCCUGAAGACAUGGACAACAAAGUCUUCAGCUUCUCAUCGACCUUUGAGGACCCGUCCACAGCCACGUACAUGCAGUUCCUGAGGGAGGGACUCCGGCGUGGCCUGCCCCUCCUCCCGCCCUAGCGUGCUUAAUCCUCAAGAAACUGAACCUGGUGAGAGCCUGGCAGACUCUCGCCACACGC